AUGGACUUCAUUAUCUCCCUUGCCACCGUCCGGGUGGCGGCGCUCGACUCAGACGAGCUCGCCAGAUUCAGAGAGGAAUGGAGGGAAGAAGUGCGCAAGAAAAGGGGUCUUUCCAAGUCCUCUGCGGAUAGUCAUGUGUCGGGUACUUCUCGACUCGAGUCAAGCCCAGCCGCCGCAGAAGACAUUCAGCACCCUGCAUCUCCUGCAUUCAGUCGCUCUCUCGUUACCCCAGUUUCGCCUGAUCUUGUCUUGUCCUCGACAUCGUCUGCGAGGCCUGCGACAGAUCUGUCUCUUGCGCCAUACGGCAAGACGCUUAGCAGGGCGGUCGAGGUGUACCGACGUGCCAUACAAUGCGAGCAGCAGAGCAGAUUGGACGAAGCGCUCGAGCUCUACCGUACUGCAUUUCGACUAGACUCAAAUGUCGACCGCGCGUACAACAAGCUCGAGGUGCAGCUGCAACACACCGCGGGCCCCAGCGGUGUGCCCACACAGGCGCAAGGUCGAGCUUCCACAACAAGCGCAAGUGAAGUCGACGAGAUCACUCAAGCCGUGAAGGCGUUGGACAUGCACUCGGUGGUCAUCCCUGAUACACAAAAGGGCAACAGUGGCACAAUAUGGACGUUGGCCAGUCAACUUGCGAGUUGGCCUCGGCCCCUUGUAUUUGAACCAGAGGAUGAGCGAGCAUCCGUACCGCUGCAGAAGCUGCCAGACGAGCUGCUCGUGCUCGUAUUGCGUUGCCUCGAUACCACUACGCUGGAGCGAUUUGCAAUGGUAAAUCGCAAAGCGCGCGUAGUCACUUUAGACAAAGAGAUCUGGAGAGGCUUUGUCCGGGCCAUAUACAAACCACCACAAAUACCUAUCGACCAAGACCUGAACUCUCUGCUGCACUACUAUACAGCAGACUUCAGGCGGCUAUACAUCGAGCACCCUCGGAUCAGACGGGCAGGGUUGAGCGAGAAUGCAUGGGUAAAUGUGAGUGCGCAAGCUACAACUUAG